AUGCUACUAAAACAAGUCGCACUACUAGUAUCUCGUGUGGAAAAUUCAAAUUACUGCUUGACACCAAGAAGAAGAAAUUCGAAGAAGAAUUUGAAAGCAUUCAUCUUGCAAAUCAAUACACCAGAAGUUUGAAGUAUACCUUCUACCACGUUCUUGUAAAUAGACUUAUUUUCCCUGUAGGAUUCAAGAGGUCUGCGCUCGUCUCCUGUCUUCAUCCUGAUUCCACCACUUGUACCCUCACCAACAGGCAGCUGCAAGGAUUGUUGGAAUAGUCUUUCCUUUUCGCCGGCAUAAUUGUAGUUCCGGUUUGGUGGUUCCAAGGACUAGGUGCAGGCGGCGGAGGAAGACGAGUAAACUGCAACAAGGCGAGCCUCCGAGCAGCAGUAGUACUACUGUGUCCUUCGCGCCCCCCCGCUGGUGGUUCGCGACUACCUUCGGAAUGAUCAUGGGCAGUGUUGUAAAAAAGUUGAAAUUUUAAUGCCUUUCGUCGCCUUUCACGGAGCAGUUAAGAGGUAAAAAGCAGCAGCUGCCUCAUGAAACAGAUGAACCACGAACCAGUCUCAUUACCGAGUCAAGCGUUUCUACUGGAGUAAAAAAUUUGAAAAAACGACUCCUACUAUUGCAGCAAUCAACCCUAUCUUGGACCACGAAGACUGACGCGUGUCACCAAAUAAAGGUUUCUUCUCAAAUGAAUUUGUGUACAACCUGAUGAACACAUCGUCAGCAAAGACUUCCGGCAAGAAAGAUGGUCGUGCAAGAGGCCCUGUCGCUAGUCUAACGUUUUCUUCUAUGUGCUAGCGAGCAC